AUGGUCCUGAGACAAGCUGUCAGCAUGAGUUUGAUGGACAUUUCAAAGAUCUUCUCGCUGCUCCAGCCUAAGGACGAGGACGAGGAUGGCGAGCUGUGUCAGGCUUUGAACAAUGCUGUGAGCUGCGACGACGUGGCUCUGCUCUCUGAGCUUCUGUCCCAGGAGGACUACAGGAGGUGCGUCAAUGCUCGGAGCGGUUGGGGGGUCCCUGUGACCCCACUGCGCACCGCAGCUGCUCUUGGACACCUAAGGUGCCUGGAUCUGCUGUUGGAGCAUGGUGCAGAGGUCGAUAUUUUAGACGUGAAGGCCCAGACGCCUCUGUUCACAGCAGUCAGCGGGAAACAUCUGGACUGUGUGGCGGCCCUGCUGAAAGCUGGAGCCGACCCCAACGGCAGCCCGUACAACAACUGCUCCCCUGUGCUGACGGCUGCCCGAGAGGGUGACGUGGAGGUGCUUCGAGAGCUGCUGCGCUUUGGAGCCGAGGUGGACGUCAGACCCAAAGUCCCCGAAUGGGCCUCCAACGCCACGACCUGCAGGGGCCCGCUCUACAUCUCGGCGGUUUACGGCCACCUAGACUGCUUUAAGCUGCUUCUUUUUCAUGGGGCCAACCCCAACUACAACUGCACAGAUGAGAAGAUGCUGGCCCGGAUCAAGCAGCCGAAGACAGUCCUGGAGGUGUGUCUCCGUUACGGCUGCGGAGUCGAGUACAUUCAGCUUCUCAUAGACUUUGGGGCAGAUGUGUGCUUACCUACACUCAUCAUCGAUAAAACCACAAAGCAAAACGAAGCUCUGCUGCUGCUACUCAAGGCCAGAGUUUGUCCCAGAACACUGAUGUCACAAGCUCGACUGGAAAUCCGAAGAGGCCUCCCUUCAGCCAAUAAGGAUCCUGCCAUAGACAGUUUGUGCAUUCCUCUGAGCCUGAAGAACUAUUUAAAGCAUCGCACCUCUGAACUUGGGACUUGCUGAAAUCUUGUGACCCGGGACCACUUUGGACUUUUAUAUUUCCAACAAGCGGCGAAAACCAAGAUAAUGAGUUUAUAUUGACAGAUGUAGCUCAGUGGAGUUUGUUUUGCCAACAAGGACAGAGGAUCAUCCAUGUUGAACCUGUCACAUCAAGACCAGCCACUAGAGACCACAGUAACUCCACACUGUGCCAUUUCAGCCUUCUCCCGAGCAGCGCCGAUCAUCUGUUGAGCCAUUUCUUCUUAUUC